CAUGGCCACUGUCAUGAGAAUUGUCAACAGUUCCCUAGGACCUAGAAUGGGUCAAAGAUGUUUCGCACUGAGUUCUAAUCACGCAGCGGUAGCGAAAGCCGUUAAUGUGGCCACAUCCAGACCACUACCAGAGAAGGUGAAGAUUGUAGAAGUGGGACCAAGGGAUGGCCUACAGAAUGAGAAGACCAUUGUCCCUGCUGAGGUGAAGAUCCAUUUGAUUGACAUGCUCUCUGAGGCCGGACUUCCUGUCAUUGAAGCUACAAGCUUUGUAUCACCAAAAUGGGUUCCCCAGAUGGCUGAUCAGGUGGAAGUGAUGAAAGGGAUCCAGAGAAAGCCUGGCGUGAACUACCCAGUCCUCACACCCAAUCUUAAAGGUUACCAGGCUGCAGUAAAAGCAGGGGCAAAAGAAGUGGCUAUAUUUGGGGCAGCAUCUGAACUCUUUAGUAAGAAAAACAUUAACUGUUCAGUGGAGGAGAGUUUACAGCGCUUUGAGGAAGUCAUGAAAGCAGCAAAACAGGACGGGGUACCUGUUCGAGGAUAUGUGUCCUGUGUGCUGGGAUGUCCGUAUGAGGGGAAGGUGUCUCCUGCCAAAGUGGCUCAGGUUGCUAAGCGACUGUACGCUAUGGGUUGCUAUGAGAUCUCCUUGGGUGACACCAUAGGUGUGGGCACACCAGGGGGCAUGACUGAGAUGCUGGAGGCGGUGAAGCAGGAGGUGCCUGUGGAUGCCCUGGCUGUACAUUGCCAUGACACAUAUGGUCAGGCUCUAGCCAAUAUCCUGGUAGCUCUGCAGAAUGGUAUAAGUGUGGUGGACUCUUCUGUUGCCGGACUGGGGGGCUGUCCGUAUGCCCAGGGGGCGUCUGGUAACGUGGCCACAGAGGACGUAGUGUACAUGCUGCAUGGCCUGGGAAUUCAUACUGGUGUAGACCUGCCCAAACUGAUGGAUGCUGGCUCUUUCAUUUGUCGCUCCCUGAACAGAAGGACUAGCUCUAAAGUCGCCCAGGCAUCCUGCAAACUCUAACCUCCUGAGAGCACCUAUGUUGGCCCAUGAUGGGAUAACACAAACCAAUGCCUGACAGGAACACUUUACUUUGAAAAACAACUGCUCUACUCCCACCCCCUGUCCCAGUUUUUUUUCUUUGGAAGGGAUCUGUGGAGACUCUUUCUGUUUGUUGUCAUAAUUGUCCUAACUUUGGAUCAGGCACAUUUGUCUGGCUGCAAGUAAGCUCCCAUGUGAAUAUCUCACUGUUUGUAUCUGGCCAGUAGAAUCUUAAAUGCCAGAUUGUGAAUGUAGUGCCUUAUUUUUAAGUUUGGUGAACAGGGCUCAUGUGGCAAGUUACCUUUGACUUCUGUCAGGGAUUUGCUAGUGAAAAGUAAUAUUUCAUGUGAAAGAAACAAAUGAGAGACAUAUAGAUAUUGAACAGACAUUGUUGACCUACUGAAUUACUUUACCAUAGUGGUCAUUCCUUACUUGCUAGUCAGAUGGAAUUAUUACAGGGAUAUAUUUGUGUCCAAAUCUGGUAAAUAUUAAGAUUCAUUGGUUUCCAGCGAGAUUCAUAGGUUUUCGGGUGACUUUUUAAGAAAUGGGAUUAAGAAACCUUUGUCUGAAACUUGUAGGAUUUUGUGGACACCACUAACACAGAAGUCCUGGUCAUUUCCACAGAGGUGAAGUGUAAAUAGUGUUGUGGGGAUAAAAGAACAGUUCCAGUACAUCACUGGUCAGCAUAUGCAGAAAUAGUGCAGCCUUCAAUAUUGCUAAGAUACAAUGAAAACAAAUAGAUCAUGUGGAGGAUAACCUAAUGUGACAUCAACCAUGUGGUGUCGGCAUAUUAGCAGCCCCUUUACCAUUGCCAGUAAACAGGCAAAAUCUCUGAAUUUAUAGAAUGACUUUAUUUUUGUGUCUUGUGUGGUCCUGUCUUGUGCGAUGUAUCACCAACGGGCUUAUCUGAAGCCUGCUGGUGAUUCCAGCAAGUAAUUUAAUAAAUUCACUUUAAUUCUCAUUAAAAUAGAGUGAAACA